UUCGCUUAUCAUACUUGCUAAUGAUAUGUUAAGUAAAUACUUGUAGGUAUACAAAUGUUUUAUUAUUUUUACGUCAGUCUCAUUCGGCAUGGCGCUCAGAAACGGUGUUAGUUUUCUGCGGCUGCUGACUUUAAGGCAGUCUGCCCGUCUAUUAACAACCCAUACAAGACCCGAAUUACAAAAUGGGGGUAAGCUGGCAGAGUUCCCUGGGGCGAAGGCUCCCUACGUUACGGAAAUGCGAUUUUUAGACGAAACCAGCUACGACCCCAUCCCUAUCUAUCGAGUGUUGGACAACAGCGGCGAAGUUAUCGAUAGAAAUGAGGAGCCAAAUAUCGAUAACGACUCUUUAGUCAACAUUUACAAAACAAUGGCACAGCUGAGUCAAAUGGAUAAGAUUUUGUAUGAAUCUCAAAGGCAAGGUCGAAUUUCCUUCUACAUGACCAACUACGGCGAGGAAGGCGUGCAGGUAGGCAGCGCCGCCGCACUGCAACCCCAAGACCUGGUGUUUGCCCAGUACAGGGAAGUGGGCGUGAUCCUGUACCGUGGCAUGACAGUGACUGAGCUGGUCAACCAGUGCUAUGGCAACCAUGAAGAUCCCGGCAAAGGAAGAGCCAUGCCCGUACACUAUGGGAGCAAGCAACACAAUAUUGUCUCCAUAUCCAGUCCGCUUGCAACCCAAAUGCCGCAAGCAGUGGGUGCAGCGUAUGCCUUCAAGCGCCAGGCUAACAACGAUCGUGUCGUGAUCUGCUACUUUGGCGAGGGUGCUGCUUCGGAAGGCGACGCCUUCGCUGCGUUGAACUUCGCUGCUACACUGGAUGCACCUGUUGUGUUCCUAUGUAGAAACAACGGUUAUGCCAUAUCGACACCAAGCAGCGAGCAAUACCGCGGUGACGGCAUCGCCGCCCGAGGACCAGCCCUCGGCAUCACCACGCUCCGAGUGGACGGCACUGACACCCUGGCCGUCUACAACGCAGUCAAGAAGGCGAGGGCCUUCGCCCUUGAGAACAACAAGCCUGUGCUGGUUGAGGCCAUGAACUACAGAGUUGGCCAUCACUCCACUUCCGACGACAGCACAGCUUACCGAUCUGUGGAAGAAAUCGAAAAAUGGACGAAAGACGAAAGUCCCAUUCAGAAGCUUAAACUUUACUUGGAAAGAAAAGGUUUAUGGAGUGAUGAGGAGGACAAGGCCUGGUUGAAGGAGUCCCGUGACAACGUCGUCAAGACCAUGCAAGACGCUGAGAAGAAACAAAAGCCACACUGGAAGGAAAUGCUGGAGGAAGUCUACCACGACAUGCCCCCGAGGCUACAGAAACAAAUGCAGCAGAUGGAGCAGCAUUUGAAAAAAUACAAAGAACAUUACCCUCUGAAUCAAUAUCAAUCAGAUUAACAUAACUCAAUGAAGUAUAAUGAUGUUGUUGCAGUAGUUAAAUUGUAAAUACCUUACACUAUCUUGUGGUUAUCAAAAUAAUAAUAAAGUUAAUGUUUCAUAUUUA